UUUAAAACUGUGUGUGAUCAUUGUUUAGCUUUAGUUUAUUUUUGCGGAACCCCUAAUUGAAGAGCCAUUUCUUUGAAUUAUUAAAAAGCUGAAUUUAUGAGCAGUGUUACGAUGUGGACGAAUUUUUCACAAUCAUCGGCAGAAGAUGAAACAAUCAGCAAUGCAUUUUGUACAAAUGGAAUUUUUAAGAUCUGGAGCGAUGACCUUGUAUUCAAGAAACCUCAAGUUGGCGCCAGUGUCCAGAAUAAAAAAAUGUUCAUAGCAAUUGACAAAACUGUUGUGCUAUUGGAAGACGAGAACAUAGCCAAGUGCAGCUUUCUGAGUUUUAAUUCUCAGAUAGAUAUUGUCACUAUUUCGAAUUCUGGGAAUCUGAUUGUGUGUGGUUUGUCGGAUGGAGAAAUCCAUGGAGUGUGUAUCAACGGUAUCCCAUUGUUUAAUUUGAGCCUCAAUCAGGACGAUGUUCAGAAGAAGUCAACUAUUGCUGGAAUACGACAGGUUGAGAAUAGUUACUAUAUCUCAUGUACCAAUGGCAGCAUCUACAAACUCACCAAUGCUGACGAAAGUCGCAUUCAAGCUUGCCUUAAUAUUUCGUUGAAGGAAAAUGAGACUGUUAUGUACAAUGACAGUAUUAUGGACAGUGUUAGCAUAGAAAGAGUGACUAAUACGAAGAGUCUGAAUGAAAUUACUGCUGUUGAAAUCAUACCUCUGACAGACAAGGAUGAAUACCUGUUUAUAAGUGGAACGAAGUGUUUCCUUCGAUUUCAAACAACCCUCGAAGAUACUAAGAUCAUUAUAUCAGAUAGCUACCAAGGUCUUAAAAACAUUUAUAACUUGGAUAGCUACAUCAUCGCGUUGACAAACAGUGGUCAUUUGCUUGAAAUAUGUCCAUACACGAAAUUAGUAUAUCAAAACCCUUUUGACUUUGAUUGCCUUAUUGAUGAUUUGACUGUUAUGGAAAACAAUGAAAACACAGUUGAACUAUUGAUACUCACGAAACCUGAUCAAAAUGGAGCACGUGCCAUGAAAGUAGUAGAGUUUCCAUCAUUUAAAUGCAUUUACCAAUUUGACAUGGCUAAGGAUACAUGGCUUGUAAAUCAACCUAAGUGCUCGGUUAAUUUGUAUUAUCUAAGUGGAGAGAACAUAAACGCACAAGGUUUGCCCCAAGAAAUUGAAAUGAAGUUGGUAUCUGAAACACAACCGGCCGAACGUCUUAAAAAACUAAUUUACAAGGGCCACUUAGAAGAAGCAGAGGAAUUCGGAAAACAAUUUGACCUGAGUCUUCAACCUAUUUAUGAGGCAAAAUCUAAAAAAAUUCUUCUAGAAAUGAACAAUAUAACAGAGGAUAAUAUUGAACGGUUUGAAGAACGCUUUAAACAACUUUUGAGUUUGCUAAAGCUUGUAGAGAAUAAGGAGUUCUUUAAAACGAUUCGAUCAUACGAAAUUCCAAGUAGGAGAAUACUUUCGUUGUUUUUGGAUGAGAUCUUGCGUCAUAUGGACGAAGAGACGGACGACGAGUGCAUCAGGGAAAUCAAAGAACAUCAGUUACGUUUAAAAACGUUAGCUCUAAUAGACCCACACGAGUGCAACAUGGAUUGGCAACGUUUUGUUUACCAUCCAAAUAUAGUACAGCUAUGUUCGUCUUUUCUCAAGUCGGAAAUUCUGAUAGCUUGCCUUAUUUGGAAAAGACAUUCAGCGACCAUUAUACCUCAAAUCGAUCCACCACACAUUCGUAAGCUCAUGAGUUUAAUCCCAGCUAAUGUAGAGCCAUUUAACUUGGUGCAAUGGCUUCGACAUUUUGUACCUACCACUGUGCAUGCAUAUCCCAGCCUGAUGCCAUAUAUCAUCGAUUGGAGUAUUCAAAAAACACGAUCUUUGCAGUUGUCCAAGCACUGGCCUGACAUUGGACUUGAAUUUUCUACAAAGGUGUCGGAAAUUUUUGAUGAAAUACAAUUUCUGCAUUCUGAUGUUAGGCGUCAGCAUGAAAAAAACAUUGAGAAGCUAAGAGAUUUGGUUAAUGCUUUACAAGAUUUGGCAGUUCUUAAAAAGAGCUAUAACCUUGUGUUUACUUUGGAUAACUACAUAAAAGAUUCAUUGGACGAAACAGCUUUCUGUAUUCUGCAAAGAGUUCAAAUCACGAAUUUGAAAAGUCUUGUCAAUGACUUUCUAUAUCCAAUUUAUAUGGAACGAGGUCGGUCUCCAGUGAAAGCGAUAAGGAAGUAUAUAACAUUUCUCGUUGCAAGUAGACAAAAUUUAAGUUCCUGGCUUAAUCGUGCCGUAACGUCAAUUGAACUAUUACACAGUGAGGAUGCACGUUUAGAGAGCGCUUUGUUGGUUUUGCAGGCUGCUCCUGUACCAUGGCCCGUUGCCGUAGGUCCGCUUAUUAAAUUGGGAGAAUCGACUCACCCAUUAGCUCAAAAGAUAAAUAUUGAGUAUGAGAUUCAAAUUAUAAAAAUCAUGAAAGUCAAGUACGGUUGGCCUGCAGAUGGAACAGACUAUAACAUGAAAUUGGUGUUUAGAAUUGUUAAAGCUGAUUUGCCUGAAAUGGUGGACGACAUCAUAGAUCUUACCAAAGCUACCCCUGAAAUACAAGGAAGUGCAAACUUCUAUUGCUGCUAUGAACUCGCGAGGAAAGGGAAGAUUGAUACUGCAUUGCGUUUUUUCAAUAGCUUAGGGAUCCAGCAAAAAGCUGAAUGCAGCGAAAAAAUUAUCAACAUAUUUUCGGAAGUUCUUGAGGAUCCCAAUAUUGAUGAAGAAUCACACAGCAAUUUAUUUGAAUUUUUUAAACUAAUGACCCCACAAUCCAAUUCAAGUGAUCAAAACGUUCUUUUGAAAAUUCAAAAGUGUCACAUUCUCAGGGUUCGAUUUCAAUUAAAUGUCCUAACAGACGAUCUGAGGAAAGAAGAUGUUCGAAUGCAACUUUUAGAAAAAGGAAUAUCACACAUUGCACACAAAAUCAAACAAAAUAAAGUCAAUGUAACCGAUGUUUGGAACGAAAUUUGUGAGCUUUCGAAUGCACUUGAUUUUGAUAAAGUUUUUGGUGUUCUGGAACUGUGCAAAGCACUAAAUAAAAUUCAUUUAUCAUGUGCUCUAGCUUACUACACGUUGGAGCUUGUAACCUGUACAAAGGAAAAUGAUGAACUAUUUAUUGAUCUUGCUAUAAUACUUAUCGCACAACAAAUUGUUCUCUGCCGGAAUAAACAAGACAGAGAUACUGCAAUGGCCACUGAUCCACUUUCUUUUCCGCUGGCUUAUAAACUUCUUAUCAAGGCUUUGCAAUAUGGAAAAACGUUCAAGUUGGAAAUUCUUGAGCUUCUUAAAUGGGUGCGAAUUGUAAACGCUUCAUAUGAUCUGGACGUGAUAGAAGAAUAUUACGGAGUAGAAAAAGAUGUCAAUGAGCGGAUUUUAAAGCAUUUUGAAGAAAUCGAAAAUCCUAAGCAAAUGAAUACCAAACCGAAGGGCCAAAGACGUAACUCUGUGUCUGUCUUCGAUGAAGUUGUUUGUGUACAAGAGGUUCGUAAAGAAAAAGUCGUCAAAGAUCACACACCAGUUGUUAAUUGCGUUUCACUAGCCCUGUUGUUAAUUGUUUUCGAAAUUCAACCUGCAAUUUAUCCUUUUAACAAACUGAAGUUAUUGACAUUGGAUGAAAUUAAAGUUGAUGUUGGCCGGAUUAAAGGAGAAUUUCUUCAUUCAAUCGAAAUUUUGGUAAAAUCUAAGCAACAUAACCCCUGGUACUCUGUAGCACAGUAUCUAUUGGAGUAUCAAAAGAGUUCUGAUAAACAAAUAAUCCACUCUGAUUUUGUAUCAACACAAUUACGGAGAGUAUUUCGGCAUUUACUUUCUCACAAAGACCCUAAUUUUAUAGAUAUGUUUGCAAUGUUAAUAACAGAUUUGCAACCCCGUUUACAACUUGAAAAUCUAACGCACGAUUUAAAAUCUGACGUUCAAAGAGUUAAUCUUCUCAUAUUGUCGGAAAUGUAUAACACACAUAUAGAAGAUAUGGCCAAGGUUAAAUCGAUCAGAGAGAGCCGCAUUAAGCAAUUCUAUUUUACGGAACUGUGUAAGCAAGAUUCUAGUAUCAAGACUAAGCCCGACAUAGAUAUAGUAUCAAUGGGACAGCUUAUGAAAGAGCUAAGAAAUAGUAUGCUAGAUGUUCGUCUAUUGGAACGACUUAGUAAAGAUUUUGGAUGGGAUUAUCAACAAGUAUUGGUUUCACAAGUUAUAGCGGUCCUUCAUUUACAAGAGCCCAACUUUGAAAUAAAGGUCGACACAUUCGGAAAGGAAGAAUUAUGUAUGAAGAAUUCUGUUGAGGAAAUAAGAAAUCUCUGCCAGCCCUACAUAAAUGAGAUUAAAAAUACUGAGCUUUUGGCUUCAAAGCUAUUGAACUUCAUGUCAGAAAUAAAUUACUACUUUUAUGAACAUUACUUGUGUGUGAUAGAAAUUCUGAAUUACAUUAAUGAGCUGCCAAAGGAAAUGCAGCUGUGGAAUUGCAUUUUGAUAUUUUUAAAACACAAAAUGAUUUCAAAACGUAGAAAUCGUCCAUCGCAAAUGGAGACAGACUGGUGGUUGAAAUCUCAUUCCGAAAUCGGUGUUCUACCAAAAAUCUCCAAGUAUCGGUUGCCUUUCAUGCCAAUUGUUCAGCAGCCUCUCAAAGAUAUUCUAGAUAAUGAAAUCAAUAUCGAUAAUUGUGAGAGUUGGUUUCCAUUGAUUAAGAUGCACACCGUUUUGCAGGCAAAUUCCACACAAGCGGAAAUAUUAAAAAUGCAAGACUAUUUCUGUAUGUCGGCUGUGAAAAAUUCUAUUUCCGAUUACAAGUUAAACGUGAACUCGGAUGUUUGGAAUUUGCAACCCACAAACAACGCAUUUUUACAAUCUAUUCUGAGAUUAGUGCAGCAUGUGUCUAGUAAAUCGAAAGUCCUACUCAUACUUUAUUUUGUUGUAAGUCAUGCUCCAGAUGGAGCAGAUCAAGUUGAAGCCUCCUAUGAAUGCUACAAGUUCACCACCGAGAAUGAAAAUGAACUAUUAAGUCAAGAGAAAUCUGUAGAAACUGUGCGAAAAGCCAAAAGAAAGUAUCCCAUUUUCAAAACUCAGCAUUUACUUCAUGUGUAUGGCCUCGUAGAGGAAAAACUACUACAGCUAGUUGAGAAUCCAAAAGAGCUUGUCUAUUCACUGUAUUACCACGAAAUGAUUCUGAAACCAAAUAAACCAGACAUCAAUAAAGUCUGCAAGGAAAUAGCUGAGCUUCACAAUUUAGACAUAGAUAUGAUGCAAUUUAAUUUGCUUCAAAAAUGGCUGUCCUUUGCAACAAUGUCUACAGAAAUGACUACUCUCGAGGAGACUUUCUACGAAGAUAUGAACAAUACAAUGAGUAUAGGGGAAGAAAAUGAUGACGAAAACGUAAUAAGAGCUCAUUAUAUUUUAAAAAGCUGGGAAACAGACAAAGCCAUGCAGUUCCUUGUCGGACAUAUAUUUCCUGCCGAUGGGUCAGUUAACACAAGCAAGCAACUUCAGAUGUUUGAGUGUUUCUCGCAGCUUAACGAUGGCAGUUCAAGCUACAACGAUGUGUUGUCGCAGCAAAAAUACAUAACCAUCAAAUGCGUUCAUAACUUGAAACAACUCGGCUAUAACUUCAGUUUGGAUAAGUUUGCGGAUUAUGAUAAGAUAACAAUUUUGAAAAAAAUCUGGCAGAGCCAUGCCAACAGUCAGUUUGCAAUGGAAGUGAUUGCGAAUAUUUGUCUGGGAUUUAAAAUUUAUAUACCAAAAAUUUGGAAUGGUGUUUUACGGCAGAUGGUUAAAUUCAAUAUGAUUCGGGAAUUGAAUGCACUCGUCGAUGUUCUGUCUUGCAAUUCCCAUAUACUGCAUACCAGCGGGUUAAUUCAGGCUUGGGACUGUGUGCUUAAACUGCCCUUCAAAAAAGCCAACAAAACCAGAUCUUUUGAACAGGAGGAGUUACUUAUGAAAACGCUUUUCAGGAUACAGGGCUGCCCCGUGGUUAGUGAAAUAAAUUUAAUUGAGAUUGCAGAGGACUGCGUACGCAUAGAUCGACCCCAUAUGGCUGCGGUUUUAAUUGUAUUCUGCUGUUCGUUAAGUGAUAAAGAAAAAAUAAAGAAACUUAUAACAUCGCGAUUGAGUCCAAACCUGCGUAAAGAUAUUCUUGAAUUGGAGGAAUCAGGGAUAAUGCCAAGUAUUAUUAAUUUCGUUAUGAAAGAAUUGAAUAUUUAAGACUGUGCUUUUUUAAUAAAGUCCACUUAAUAAUUUAAUUUUUUAUUUUCAUAUUUUUUUGUAUACACUGAUCUAUAAAAAAUGUGGCGCAGUCAUAUUUUUUUAUUUGGUUUUAUUAUUUUGCGCUCGGCAGAUAAAUGUAGCAGGGUGUGAUUUUCGGAGCAACUUCUAUUCCUAAAAAACUUGAACUACAUAAUAUCGUGGAAAGAUCAGUGAAGUCUAUGCACAUGAAUCCUUAUCACACAAACAUUCUAAGGAAUACAUGUAUGGCUUUAUUUGCAGCUUCCAUAUGGGGACACUUUUAG